AAUACAGGUAAUAGUGUGGUAAUUCCAUUUCUGCACUUGCAGCAAGCAGGACUGAAUCCAGGACUUCUUCCACACCAGUUCCUGACCAUGGGGAUAAUAGUAAAGGCUGGUCUUCAUGUAUGUGUGAUAAUCCUGUUUAUGGAAUUGACCAUCUUGACAGGACUGUUUGAUAAAGUUCAUACAGAAUGUGGGUACCAGUUUUAUGCUGAAACAUCCUACAAAGUACCAAGUCUUCUCCCAUCAUGGUUAAAGAUGCCUGCAAACAGUCUUAUUAAUUCUGGCUAUAUAGCUGUAGGAAUGUACGGGCUUUGGCUUAGCAGAAAAUUUUAUCACAAACCAGAUUUCUGUUACUGUCUUGCAAUUUUUUCUUGGAUGGCUAUAUGCUACGGUCCCAUUCAGUUCUGUCGCAUAGUUACACAGAACCAUCGAGCAGCUGUCUUAGACCAGUGGGUAACACUCCCAUUUUUUGCUUGGGUUAUUGUAUGGUGCAUUUCUGUGUGCAAUGUUUUUUCCAAGUCAUGGAGUAUGUGCAUUUCAUGUCUCUCUGUUAUGAGCUAUUUCCUUACUUUAUUAACCAUUUUUGGAUUUGAAAUUGCCCUAGGACUUCACAUAGCUGUAGCCAUUGGAGCUACUAUUUAUGCACAGCACAAGUAUGGAGACAGUACUUCAUUUUUAGCUCUAAUAGGUGCUCUUGCAAACUGUUGUGGUUUUGUUUUUCUAAAACUCUAUGAUCAUGAGCUUGCUAGGUGGCAGAUUUUUCAAACACUGACUGGCCAUUUUUGGUCCAAAGUUUGUGACUGUCUCCAAAUAUAUUUUGUCUGUAAAUUUUACUGUCGGUUAAAUCCUGACAUGAUACUAAGUCAGAAAAUCAGAAAAUCUAUGUAGUGUAACAUAUUUUGCAAAAACCUUUCUUAUAAAUGUGUAAGUAAUAGAUGAAUGUAUGAAUUUUCAGCUUUUCAUCAUUUGUUUUAUCAGAGUCAAUAAUUAAAGAUAUUCAAUCAUUAUCUAAAAAUAUAGAGUUAGUAUACUUAGUUGCAUUUGUUUAUUUCAGUUAAUUUUAUUUCAAUUAUCUGGGAGACCACAAAGUUGUAGUUUUACCAAUUAGUAAACUGUCAUUAGCUUGCAUGCUAAAAUAUCAUUUGAGAUAAAUAUUUGUUGGUGUUCCUUCCACAUCAUUAAUACACUUGGUUUUGUGUACUCCAUAAUAAACAGCAUUAGUCUAGUAACUUUUCUUAAGAUAUGAAAAGUUUAAUAUAUACAGAGUGGCCCAAAAGUAGGUAUACAUUUACUUCUGUUGACACUUGAGCAGUAACCAACUGGGUGUCACAGUUUGGGGUGCCAUUGCAAGCUUAGGUGUCUAAGGUCCAGUUUUCUAUAACGAAGCUGUCACAGGCGAUGCAUACCUGUGGGUCCUGAUGGACAUAAUCAUUGCUAGCUUCCAUGGUCAUCUGACUGUACCCUUAUGAACUUUUUCUUCUGGGGAAUACUCAAGUGUACAGUAGGAAAUCACAAAAUGUUGACAAAAUUAAAGGGUACAUCACAGACAUAUUUACAGAAGUUGAUGGACAGACAGACUUAUGUCAGAAAGUUUGCAGGAUUGUAUGAACAGUGACAGGUUUCAAUUUGAAUACCUGUGGGAUUAACUUGAUAUUACCUUUCUCAUAAUUACAUGUCAUGCGUAAAGUGCCAUUAAAUCAAUGAUCAACUGUAUACUUUAAUUUUGAUUUAAUUACUUUAAAUAAAUUAUCAAUUAUCAACUGUAUAGUUACUUUUGGGCCACCCUGUGUGUAUAUAUAUAUAGACACACACAAAUAAAUUUAUUGGUUUAUUCUUUUUUGUUGUUGUUGUUAAAGCUUCCCAUUGAAAAAUGUGGGUCUACCAAAAAGAGCAGUGUGUUGUGUAUUGAAGACAGUGUUAAAGUUUUGUGGAUAGCAUUAACAACAAGUUCAAUACAUGACUUUUUUUAGAUAUACAAAGUACAAAAACUGUGUUUUAUAAAUUAUGUGCUUUAUAGACUUUUUAUUCCACUGCAUAACAACUUUCUUUUACCCUGUUGAAACUAAGAAUAAAAUUACUUUGGAAGUUUGAUAUGAUACUUGUGAAAACUAAUUUUCCUUUAAAAUUUGUUUACCUUUAUAAUUUUUGUGAGAAUAUUAUUAAUAAAAGUAUUAUUUAGUAAUCUACAUACUACUGAAAGCCUAAAGAACAAAAAUGAACAGAUCAUACUAGAACUCUAGCAGCAAAGCUUUAAACUAUCAUUUUAAUGUUAAUUAACAUUGUUUAAUACAAUAAUUAUAAUAACUUUGUAAAAUACUUAUUAAUUAGAUUAAAUGAAUAAUCAUUUUUAUUUGUUUUGUUAUCAGUAUUCUGUAUUUUUAUAUUACAGAAAACUGUCAACUAAACAAAAUUGUUUUGACUAUGUAUAAUGCUAUUUACUUGACAUUUGCAAGACUGAUUAGUUUUUCACAACUGUAUUAAGUUUUAUAGUUUAAAGCGAAUGAUCUUAGUUCUACCAAUGAAGCAUUACUAAUUGGGUGAUUAUUUUCUGCCUAUGAAUUUGUUUUGUGAUUACACAAAAUUAUCAUUUUUGGUUUAAAACUGUAAAUAAAAAAUUUUGUGUAAA